AUGGGAAAGAACGAGGGACCAGGGGAAAGAACGAGGGACCAGGGAAAGAACGAGGGACCAGGGAAAGAACGAGGGACCGACAGGGACCAGGGAAAGAACGAGGGACCAGGGAAAGAACGAGGGACCAGGGAAAGAACGAGGGACCAGGGAAAGAACGAGGGACCAGGGAAAGAACGAGGGACCAGGGAAGAACGAGGGACCAGGGGAAAGAACGAGGGACCAGGGAAAGAACGAGGGACCAGGGGAAAGAACGAGGGACCAGGGAAAAGAACGAGGGACCAGGGGAAAGAACGAGGGACCAGGGAAAAGAACGAGGGACCAGGGAAAAGAACGAGGGACCAGGGGAAAGAACGAGGGACCAGGGAAAGAACGAGGAACCAGGUAAAGAACGAGGGACCAGGGGAAAGAACGAGGGACCAGGGGAAAGAACGAGGGACCAUGGGUAAGAACGAGGGACCAUGGGUAAGAACGAGGGACCAGGGGAAAGAACGAGGGACCAAGUGA